AUGGCUGAAAACGAACUUCUUGCUGCGUACAGGAGUAUUCCUAUCGUCACUCGAUCAAUACUCACCGCCACUAUACUUCUCUCGCUGGCUCCAGCAUUCGGGAUACUAUCUUAUCAACUCCUGUUUCUUAGUUGGCCACAUGUCAUCUACAGAUUUCAGCUUCAUAGACUGUUGACACCGUUCUUUGUCAAAGGAUUGGACUUCAACAUGUUGUUUGAUCUUUAUUUCCUGUAUACAUAUGGAAUCCAACUCGAGACCACAACAUUUGCGGGUCGAUCUGCAGAUUUCGCAUGGUUUAUCUUGUUCACGUCAAUUAUUUCUACUAUCGGUGGACAUUUCUUGAAUCUUGUCAUGUUAUCACAGUCGCUGUUGCUCGCAGUGAUCUACCUCUGGGCCCAAUCCAACUCGGAAAGGAUAGUAUCUUUUAUGUUUGGCUUUCAGUUCAAGGCGAUCUAUUUCCCUUGGGUCCUGAUCGCGUACUCAUUCGUUAUUUCAAGAGCGGUUGUUCCCUGGGAUAUGAUUGUGGGCAUUGCAUCUGCUCAUCUGUACUACUUUUUGAAUCAUGUAUACCCUGGGAUGGGAGGACCCCGUUUGAUUCCAACACCUACUCUGCUCUAUAAACUGUUGCCACGUCAGGAAGUUGCAGGAGCAACAUUUGCAAGCAAUGGGGAGACUGCUAAUAUGUACCGAGUCAACACAGCUGGCGGCUCUGGAUCUGGAGGAGGACAUCAAUGGGGACGUGGCCAUCGCCUUGGUUGA